UUCAUCACGGGUGACUCCAGGGAGUUGCUUCAUUCCAUUGUUCGGCCUCGUGCGUUGUCUCUAGCAGUUAUCGCGGGGGAGGUGGUCUCUUUUUUCUUACUCUUUUAUCGGUUGUCACCCGAUAUCUUUUUCAUUAACGAGGAAAUAACAGCAGACAGACAGAACGGAACGGAACUGAUUUCUUUCUCUCUUGUUUCAACCCUUUUUUUUCUUCGCUUUCUAUUAUCAUUUAUAUUCACUUGUUUACUAGGAGUCAUAUGGGAGUGGGUGGUUUUUACUUUCUGUUCUUAUUCACCUGUUGCGGGAGAGGACGGAUACGAUGCAGGUGGAUAGUCAACUCAAGUCAGUCGUAGCCUAGCUUUAUCAAUCAAUUGAAUGGGGUCGCCAGUAA